AUGUUUAUUCAAGUAGACGAUAGAAAUGCUGAUCAAGAGAGCGAAUUGCCUUCCGUAAAGCCCAGAGAAAUUCUGACUGGCCAGCCUGUUUACCAAUCUGGUUACCGGCUUGGCUAUAGACCUGCAACUAAAAAGACUCGCGCCAUACAAUUCUUCGUGUCUGUCGGACUCGAUUCCCAAGUCGAACGAGAGAAUCGAGAUGAAGAAAAAGAUACAGCAAUUUCUGCCAAGUGGACUUAA